AUGAACCGAAGACCAAAAAGCCCAAAUAUAUCGCCAGCGAGUGCUGAUCAGGAAGGCGAAGAAAGUACAAUUGUGAUAAGGAAGCAGAAACCUCAGAGACUACUCGCUGACAGUCUGUAUUCGACAGAUACACCUCAUAGAGCCCCUCAUGAACCGUACAAACGUCCGCUCGAUUCCUUUGAUGAAGGUGUCGGAGCUGUUUCAUCUGAAGAGUCUACAAUCGUGCCAGAGCUUAGCCUCAUAGAGGUCGAAGGAGGGAGAGGAACAGGGAGAACAAAGCUUGAACCAAUGAUUUUGAAGCCGCGUAAAGUCGUUCAUCCGGCCCCUCCACCUGAUCCAAGCGUUCGCCGAUCUACGCGCAACAGGAUGAAGCCUGUUCGUCAGUGGCUUGGCGAACAACCAGUAUAUGCAGUUUCCCCAGGAGGCAGCAGAACACUGCAAGGAGUUACCGAAGUUGAGGUACGGGAACAGCGUUGGCUGAGAGUUCGGACCGUGAGCUAUAACCUGGCUAUGCAAAGGGAACAGCAAAUAGCCGCACACAAGCGCGCUCUUCGUGAACAGCGUAGACAGGAGGCGCGUGAACGCAAGCAAAGACGUCUGCGAGAGUUACGUGCGCGCCAUAGAAGAGGACUGGAUCUUGAGAUAACCGUUGAUUCGAUUGUUACAAGUAGUGAUGAAGAAGACUCUGAUUAG